AUGAAAGACCCGUCGGCACCUGGUCCGCUGACCUCCCACCCGAUCACGGGCCCUCCGGCUAGUAACUCCAUAUCCAGCGGCCAACGGCCUACGGCGAAACGGGCAAACUCGUCGGCCCAGCGCGCAAAUUCCCGCUUCGUAGAGGGGUCGAUGAAUGACCGUACUUCGGCCGCGCCGCCAAUCGACUUUCUCGGCCCCGAGGAUUCGACUGAGAUUGCGCGCCGUUUCCACAUGGACUUUUACGUCGAGGCACCCGACGCCGGGGUCUUCUCGCCUGAGAGACUUCGGCAGCAGCAACAACAACAUCAUCAGCCGCUGCAUCAGCAGUCGCAGCCGCUCCUACACCAACCGACAAUCACCUACGGCGAGGUUAAGAGACCCGCCAGCUCGGCUAGCAGCCAUGUCGGCAAGAAGGGCUUCUGGGGCGGCCUUCGCGAGAAGCUGAGCUUCGUCAGGGAUAAGGACAAGGGGGCUAAACGCCCACUCAGCCUCGAUGGCAAGCUCCUCGCUCAAGGAGGCGGGGCUGGAGGGUUUGGCAAUAGUAAUGGCAACGGCAGCGGCGUGGGCCCUAUCGGUGCGCCGACCGCCGCCGCGAUGCCUGCACAUUUUGCGAAUGGCGCGGGCAUGCCCAGCAGAGACGAGAUCAUGGCCAGCUACCAGCAGUUGAUGAAGGACGGUUUCUUCGAUGCGCAUGCUAUUCGCUCCACGCGUCAACCUCCCCCGCCCUCGUUCAACCCCUCGACAACUACGUACUCGACCAAGCCUCCGGCGGACAAGAAAUCCUUUGCAGAACGUGUAUCGGGUCAGUGGCCUCUCCCGCCGACGGAGGAGGUCCAGCCUCUACCAGACUCACGUGAUGGAAACAGGAAACGCGGCAUGGAUAACGAUGAAGACGUGUCGGCUGCCAAGAAGCUGCGCAAGUCCACUUCCCGCAUGUCCGUCGAUCUCUCGAUUCCCGGCCUCCGCAAGCAAAGGUCCCAUGUGCAGUCUGCCUCGGUGGACAUGCCGCACCCGAACUACAUGCCCCCUCCGCCUCCCCCCAACUACAUGCCUCCUCCCCCGCCCCCUCGUGCCGUUGGUGGAGGUACUGUCUUCGUCCGCCGGUCGUUUAGUAACUCGACCCGCGCAAGCAACAAGCCGGCCAGGCACCAGCCGUCAUACUCUCUCGGCCCUAUGCCCAUGGACACAAACUACGCACCCCCGAAUCCCUCUUACGCGGCUAGCACUCGCAGUAGCAUUGGUUCCAAUGACUCGAAGCGAUCUUUCCGCGAGGCAGCUCGCGCCUGGACUUCCCGAACCGCCCGCAAGACAGCCGAGCCGCUGGGCCUGAGACCCAACUCAAAUCACGGCGCCGCUGCUAUGCACUGGGGACCCGAGCAGUUUAAGAACCGCGGGUUCGGUUGCGAAGGAGAGAACUACGGCGUUGUGCAAGAGCGCGAGCUGCCUAGUCGUUGGAGAGGUUUGACACGAUUCACCUAA